CUUGUAUUAAGCAAACUGUAGACUAUAUUAAUUUUAUUUUAAUCCAUUCAAGUUGGUACUAAGCAGAAACAAAACAUCAAAGACGAUAGACGGCAUACGAUGUACACACAAUGGAAUCUAUUAGGACAACCGUCGUUACUCAAGAAAACCCACGCGUUUGUGAAAGCGGCCUAAGAGAGUUUUCCACAACUCACUAACACCGAUUCGCUGCUCGUGGCCACGCGAGUUUUCACGCACACACGCUUGCGUAGUGAAGUAAGCGGCUGAAACUAGGCGAGAGAUCGCGAGAGAGAGCGACAUCUCGCUUGCGCCCAGCCUCCCGUCCUAUUUCAACAGGUUUCGCCUUUCAGCAGUUGCAGCGAGAAACGCGUGCCUCUGCCUCUAGUAACACAGCACAAACAGUAAGAGCAACACACGUCGCGUUCGGAAACUGAAAACACAGUUUCACUGACAGCGCGCACAACACCUGACAUUCACCGCCGUCCUCCGACUUACGGUUGUUUAUCGCAUAUUAGUAAGAUGGGCUGACACGAUUCGCGAAAGAGAUAACUAUUUUUAAAUGCAUAUGGCCCGUAGCGGCGCGUGUUCAGUGGACGGUCGUAGUGCUCGAGAAAACCUCGCGGUCCCGCGGUCCCGCGUCCGCGGAGCGUGUGUCACUCGUCACGUGCGAAACAUGAAAACUGUCAAACCUGACUGUGCCAAAAACAAUCAUCAAAUAAACCCUAUAUAAAAUAUGUUGAUAUUAUAAUAAAGUGCGUCCGAUGCGGUGGAAGGGAUGAUCGGAAUGUAGUUAUAUAGUUUUGUGAUGAAAGACAUGGAAAGUUAGCAAGAUGUAAAUUUCUGCAUACUAUCAAUGUUUACCUCUUCAGUGUUGUGAAUAACGAUUAGUUUAAAUAAUUGUAGUGUACGGUGGAGCGGAUAUGGAGGGAACCUGCCGAAGAGUGUUGUUGCGGACGAUGUCGGACUGACGGGAAGCAACCGGUUGUGAUAACGUAGGAUGUGUGGAUCGGCCGCCCUCUGCUCACGGACCUAUCAAUAAUAAUCAAGUCUGGUUGUAAAAUCAAUCCAUGUUGUGAUUAAACGCUAGGAAAGCAAAGUAAUACUGAUAAAUGACUCGAUUUUUCCUGAAUUUCCCAUGAGGUUGUGAAUACUUUUAAUAGAGAACUGAAGCAAAAACUUGCAAGCUCCAUUAUCAUUGAGAUGGCGGUUGUGCUGGGUUGUUUUCAAAGUGAUACAGUGAAAGUACUUGAACAUAGUUAAAUUGUGUUUGUGAUAAGGAGAGGAGAUCAAAUCGGCCUUAACCGGUUAGAAUGUGUUGAGAGAGCGGUAGCAGUGGCCGAGCGACGAUGGCGGCCGUUAACUCGGUGGCAACAACACGGCUGCCGCUGCCGACGUUCUCGCCGCGCGCGGUGCUGAUGUACAGCGCCGCGGUCGGCGGCGAGGGCGCCGUGGCGCUGCAGCUGCGAGAGGCGGCGCCCGGCGAGCUGGAGGGCGCGCGGCUCAGUCUCCACGACGACCGGCUCGCGAUAGCCUGCCACGAGCCUGAGUUACUCGCUGAUCUACUGCACGCGGCCGGCGCGGCUGAUAUAGAUGGGGAUCACGACGAGCUAAGUGCCCUAUUGGGAGCGGCGUCGCCGGAGCUCGGACUGGCCUCCGACGCUUCUGAUAGCCUCCCCCUCCCCGAUCAUGAUAAUGAAUGCACGACGUCGUCCACAUCAUCGGGCGUCACGAACAGCGUCGCGACGGUGUCGGUGGCGGUGGCGGGGCUCGAGCGCUCGCCCACCGUCAAGAAAGUGCGCCCCAAGCCCUGCUCGCCCAACCGACAGGGGCCGCAGCAAUGCCAAGUAUGCAACAAGAUCUUCGGAAACGCGUCGGCACUCGCCAAACACAAACUGACGCACAGCGACGAGCGCAAGUAUGUGUGCAUCACGUGUGCGAAGGCCUUUAAGCGGCAGGACCAUCUGAACGGGCACAUGCUAACGCACCGAAACAAGAAGCCGUACGAAUGCAAAGCGGACGGGUGCGGCAAGUCGUAUUGCGACGCGAGAUCGCUGCGCCGGCACACCGAAAACCAUCACCAACCGUCGGGCUCAAAAACCUCACCAUCGAGUGAAUCAACGCAGUCAGCAGUAAAAAAUCGUACAAACACCACUGCCCCAAGCGUACCGAGCGUCGAGCGCGAGUCUGCCUCCCAGCGGCUGGCGUCGCCAGCGUCACCACCGAGAAGCAACCCGCCGCAUUCGGACUCAAGCAACUCCGGGUCGGAGAAGUCGACGAGCAGCCGGAGCGGUAGCCGGGGCGGCAGCGACAGCAGCCCGCCGGGCACGCCGCCCGCGCCGCCGACACCCCCAUCACGGACCAAGCUCACUAAGCCUCCGACCAAGCCUAAAACGACUACCGCGCAGCAGGGGAGUCAGAAAUGUGGCAGCGCGGCGAGUGCGGGCGGGAGCGGCGGCGGGGCGGUGAGCGGAGCGGGAGCGGGCGCGGGCGCGGGCGCGGCCGCGGCGCGCGGAGAGGUCAAGCCCGUCGAGUGCAACUUGUGCCAUCGGAAGUUCAAAAAUAUACCCGCUCUCAAUGGCCAUAUGAGAUUACAUGGCGGAUACUUUAAGAAGGACUCGGAUAGUAAAAAAUUGGAUAAAAAAGAAUCUACAGGACCACCACUACAAACUGCGUCCGUAUCCGUGCGAGCCCUUAUAGAAGAGAAAAUAAUCAGCCGGCGAGGCGCAAUAACAAUCUCCCCAGGUGCCGGUACGGACACAGCGAGCGGGGGCGCGGGGUUCGCGACGCCCGCCCCGCCGCCGCUGGCGCUCGCGCGGUCCGCGGCGUCGCCCGCCUCGCCCGCCGCCGCCGCCGCCGCCGCCGCGCAGUUCGUGCCGCCGCGCGCCCCGCCCGCGCCCGCGCCCGCGCCCGCUACCACUGCCGCCUCCAACACUACCACCACCACCACCACCGCGCAGAGAGACUCCACCCUCAUCGAGCUACUGAAACGAGGCAACUCAAAGGUUGUGAAACGUUCGACGUCGGAUCCGGGGCAAUCAUCACCGCAGCAGGAGUUCACUUUUCGACCCGAACUGUUCGGAGUUUCUUUCAAUUCAGACGAUGGCUACUUCUCGCCCGCGUUAAACGAGGACACUUUCCAAUUUACAACGACACCAGAACAGUUAGAAGAACUGGCGUCGUUAGAGGACUAUGCGACGGUAGCCGCGUCAAUAAGAGAAAGAUCGCCGGUUACUUUUCCGUCGAGUCGACGCCUUGCCGCCGUGUUGAACUCGCCACUCCCUGAAUCUUUAGCGGAUUUCGGUGCUUGUCACGGCGGCUCGCCAGUGCCGUCACCGGGUAUUGGCUAUACGGCGAACUCCCCAGGCCUAUCCUACUCUACGGGAGAUUCCCCUGGCCUAGCCUACACGGCGACAUCUCCUGGCGGGAGCUACUCUACGCAACCGGAGCCGUCGCCUGGGUUAGCAUACCCGACACCACCUGCCUCUCAUGAUGCUCAUUCGCCAGCGCAUACAGUGCCACGAGUAUCAUCGCCUUUGUCAGCUGCUUUUUUUACGGCAACAAUGUCAAGUCAAGAAGAGGUGGAAGAAGCUCUAGAAGAAGUGUUACCCGAAGAGUGUAGAUCGCUUGAUGCAUACUCUUUGGAACCAUCGCCCAUGUCACGCCGUAUUAUGCUCAACUCUGAAGACCCGCUCUUAUCAAGCAGUCCGCGAGACUUCUCGAACCAGAGGCCUCCGCGUCGAUAUAGUCGCCUGCCAUCGACAUCAUCGUUAACGAACGCCGUGCAUCAAUGGCAGCAUGAAGCGAGUUCUCUUCAGGUUUGCAUAGAAGGCCAGACAGUGCCAGCCGUGUUCCUAAGCCCGAGCAGCGUGCCCGCGUCUCCGCAGCGUCGCAAGCGGCGCGCGUCGCCCGCAGGCCCGUACCGCACCCGCAUGCGGCGACACCUCAGCCACUACACGCCGCAGCCGCUGUUGCCGCCGGACAGAGAAGGCCCUGGGCUCUUUGUUGAGCUUACAGCUGGUCUUCCAAGUAUGGAAACCGACAUGCUGACGCAGCUCGAAGAGCCACCUCAGCCGAUGAUCAACAUCGGGCAAGACCACCAAGCAGACAUACCGGAGAUGUGCAACGAUCGGAUAGACCUGCAUCGAGCUUCGGAACAGCUGCUGUGGGAUCCUGGCAUCAAUGAUGCUCUUGAUGAUAAUGAAGUGCGCAUGUUCAUGGAGCUGGCCAUGUGCGCGGCUAUGCCCGUGGGCGGGCACACGCGCGAGUUUGCGCUGCAAGUGCUGGGCGAGUGCGGCGGCGACAUCCGCGCCGCCACGCUGCGCCUCAUGUCGCGCCCCGCCGCGCCCGCGCAGCACGAGUCGCGCUGGGCGCCCGACGAGGUGGAAGCCUUCCUGGCCGGCCUGAGGCACUAUGAUAAGGACUUCUACAGGAUUUCGCAGCUGAUAAGAACCAAAGACUCGAAGCAGUGCGUACAGUUCUACUAUUUCUGGAAGAAAGUUACCAAAGACUACAAGAUGCUGUACUUGAGAAGCUGGAACAUGGAACAGUCGUCCACACAAGGUCCGCCGGCCGCCGCCUCGCCCGCGCCCGCGGACGCGGAGGAGUUCCCCUGCAAGAUCUGCGGGAAAGUAUUUAACAAAGUAAAAAGUCGUAGCGCACACAUGAAGUCGCACCGGCCACUCGACGCCGAGCCGAAACGGCCGAAACUCGAAAAGCCUUAUGAAAAGGUCGAGCGAUCCGACGAGCGGCACGCGACUGCUGAUUACCAAUGCAAACCGCCCGCGCACUCACUGUAACCGACCCUUGUCACUCCCGGCGACUAACUCGCGUCGCUCAGUGUCCGCGCUCAGCGCUCAGUGUCCGCGCUCAGUGUCCGCGCUCAGCGCUCAGUGCUCCGCACGACACUCGCCGCGAGCACCCGGCCUGCGCGCCUCGAGUGCAUGUGCCGAGAGGUUGCCGAGCGCGCCCCGACGACAAAAUGCUGAAUGUUUAAGCAUUUAUUAUAAUACUUACAAAUUAAAUAGAAUUAUAGAUAAAUUAAAAAGUGAUCUAGUUGAGAGCGACGUAGUGGCUAGUAGCUAGAGAAGAGUUAGCUUGGGUAAACUGAACGAUUAGAUUAAUAAAACUACUAAUUAUUCGAAAUUCUCGUAAUACUAAGCUUGAAGAGAUCGCAGAAAGAUAUUUUGUAUAACGAUUGAUACAUAGAUAGAUAGUUCUUCGUAAAGUUUUUAUAACACUACGACUUCUAAAUGUGACUUUGCAAGUGUGAUGUUGUACAUAGAGAUAUAACCGCUCGGCGCGGACGCCGCUAGGGCCGGCGCCGCCGAGCUCUAUUUGAAUGAUAAUGGAACUAACUAUAAAAGUAUUACAACUUCGAGUGUGAUACUAAUAGUGUAGUAACUACACUACCUCGUCUUACUCGAUCGUUUCAUUUCAUUGCGAGCUCAGCUCAUUAAAUUACGUUUGCUUGUUUGCUCAUCUCGUUGUUAUUUAUUCUUAGUCAUUCGUUUAAGUUUUGUUCUAGUCGUUAGACAUCACUAAGCGCACUUAAGUCUCACGCCACUCAGGUUUAGAUGAGGAUAAGAGAACUGUAUCAAUUCAGCAUCCGUGCCGAUAUGCCCAUCACCCAACAUGGACCCAUAUUUAGAUUUAAAAUAUAUAAUAUUAGUUUGAUUUUUAAUUGAAAAUAAUGUUGAUGAUAUUUUUAAAAUGUGAAUAUGUGUCUUGUAAUUGGGCGAUGAACAUGCAGAGGAGAGAUCGCAGGCGCUCGGCUCGAGCACGCUGUGCCUGCCCGCGCGCCUGGUAUCUGUUCAUUCCACUUGCUCGUUCACAGAACAAAACAAAAUAAUGGAGGGAUACUAAUAUUUUUUUACACAAAUAUUAUUGAAAUGCUCAAAUGUUCUAUAUUUUAUGUUGAUAACUUAUUAAAUAGUUCCUUAUUGAUUGUUCUAAAUAUGGUAUUAUUUAAUACUUGAAUAGUUAAUUUUUGAUUGUAGUAAUAUUUUCUAUAAAUUAAUGUAAUGUAAUUCUAUAUUAUACGUGUAGAUCCGUGUUGUGAUAUGUAUUGUUGUUUCAGAGAUCUGUACUGUAUCGUUUGAAGGAAUGUACAAAUCGGGCAAUAAUGUGGUUGCUCAAGCCUACUGUACUCGUACUGUAAUCGAUGUCACUCGCGGCCGCGCGGCGCCGACCCGCGGCCCGCGACGGCUCCUCUAACGUAAUAUUUUGCGGUUGUGACCUCCUCGAUCGACUUACUCUUGUCUUCCGAAAGUACUUUUAACAACCGACUCAAUAUUCAUUUUGGGGCAAUAUUCCUUAUAAAAGACAUGUUAAUACCUUCGAAUUAUUUAUUGAUAUUAUUAACACUUCGUUGUUUAGAUUAACAUUUAACAUUAUGGAGUAAAUCAACGGCGUGUAACGCUGUCAGUAUUAUGAUUGUAACUCGAUUCUUGGAAGUAAUUUACUGUGGGAUUAGUCCCGAAACAAACAUUGAGAUAUGAAUUUAUUCUUCUGAAAGUUUACUGGAUAUUCAUUUUCCUUCCAUGAGUACCUGAAGUGGCCAGAGGGCGCCUCUAGAGUUUGUUUAUGUGCGCGGUGUGCGCGUAGGUCUCGCCGUCGCAUUAGCUCAGUCUGUAUUACAUUAUACUGCAUCACUCGCUCGUGAUCAUUUGGUUGUGUAACGAACAAACUCGUAACUGGGCGGUUGUCUGCCCUCACUUACGUUCUGUAAUGUAUGCCAAACAUUUGCCAAAAAUAUUUGCGACUAGACUUAAUAAGUAUGCCAAAAUUAGAUUAAUUAUGUAUAUCUAGGACAGAGUGUUGAAUGAUCAACGUAGAAUCACAUCAGAGAAUUGUUGUUUUAGACUAAGGUGAGGCUUUAAGUAAAACCCCAGAUGUAAAUGAAUAAAUACUUCGAGAGCGCUAUGAAUAUAUGCCGGUUAUUUUAUAAUAGCGAGAGGAUUCAAUUAUUCACGACUAGUGCUAUCGGAUAGAACAGAGUACGCUACGAAAUAUUCUUUAUUUGUCGGCAUUCAGAGUAUUAUUUUCAUAAAACAAACUAACUCAUAAAACUUGCUAUUAUGUAAAUAAUUAAUAUUUUUUCAAAUUAAAUUUAUCGUACCGGAGAUAGGUCUACUACAUAAAAUUACAAUUUAUUGAAGACAAAGUCCCUCCAGAGAUAAUUUAACAAUACUCUUAGCUAUUAAGACUGAAAGGUACUCUCUAGUAAGAAGUCUAUGCGUUAAUUUCACAAAAAUAUAAGAUUAUAUUCUAUGUUUAUUAUGAUUUGUUACUGUUAGUCAUCGUCGCCGAAUCACUAACCCAUUCCACGUGCAACUCGUCAUACUAGUCAGGGUGUAGCUUUACAUUUCGCGCCGCGAACUCGCCAUCGCGGCCGCGCACUCGCGCAGCGCCGCGCGUACUCAAACUAUUCAAACAACUUCGCUAAGUCUACUUUAGAUUAAAUUAUAAGGACGAGAAUUGAACUAUAUUAUUUCAACUUAAAUAUAGAAGUGCCUUACCAUUUUAUUUUAGUAUAAUAAUUAUUUUUGUUUUCUGUUAUUUUUGAACAGACACAAAGAAUAAGCACUGGAAAUUUGCAUUUAUUUGUACGAUCCACCUCCACCCUGCGCGCGCAGGGUGCCAGGCGGGUGGGUCGGUUUGGUUUCAUCUUUACUAACAAAUCGUUAUCGGUUUAUCGAAAAUAUAUUCUAGAAAUUAUAUUUAAAUAUUAAUAAACACAGGCCUAGGAAGGAACGUUUGAAAGACAUGCCGACCACCGCUUCCCUGUCUAGCGAUUUCCACCGAGCCUCUUAGUAUUAGCUGCAUCAGGCAUAGUAGCAAUCAAGUAAAACAAAAACGUUGUCAAGUCAAUUUGUUGAUGUAGCUUAGAUGAAGAAAUAGGCACCUAAUUAUACAAGACACUGCUGCACAGCGACCGAACGGACAGACUAACGGCGCUCGCGUUCAACUACCAAAUAUAUGUUAGUGUCACUAAAUGUUUUCUUAGUUUAAUGGACUCCUACAAUGUAUAAUCGCUUAGUAAUUGUUCUAUCUGACUACUUGUUUUCUAUGGUCCCGAAUGCGGUACGCAUUGUAAAUGUAUUUCAGUAUUUGUGUCAAAAACAAAAAAAAAGUGAAAUGUUACUAUAGUAAAUAUUUUAUAAGUCUAAAUGAAUAUAUAUUCUUCUAAUUUUGUAUCGAAUAAAGAGUGUAAGGCUCGUGGCGGCGCGGCCGGUGCGCUGGGCACCGCCUCACACGCAGCCCGACGCGUCGGCCGCGGCGCCGCGCCGUGCUCAUAAUACGUACCCGUGUACCAUAUAAUACCGUAGGGGAACCCACGUGCCAACUGCACGAUAAUUGAUAUUACACUCUGUGUUGUGAUUUUGAACGUUCUGUAAAUUACAAAAGUCUUUGAACUACUAUUUAACAUUUGUAGACACGUUUUUAGAUUAGCACAAUUCUUCGCGUAGUCACUUAGGUCGUUAACCUUUAUUAAGCAUUUAGAUUAAAUAGGUAUUCGAAGAUGUAAGUGUACUACGUAUAACUAGAUUCAUUGUUAUAUUCAAUGUGAUGAUCGUAACGUAAAGAACAACGAUGAGUAAGCUCCAGCCCUGUCCCUCCCUGCUGAGCGACUUUUCACAAUUUCGCAUAUCCUUGAAACAAUAAGUAAUAAAAUAAAAUUCUAUUAUAUAUAUUGAUAAAUUUAUUAGGGUAACUAAUUUUUUAAGACAAUGAACUAUUAAGUGAUCUUUUAGAUUGUCUUUAUUAAUAAAUAUAUGGUGAAGGUUU